AACUUAGUUCAUACAUUUAUAAAUUCAAUCUUUGUCACAGAACGUCAAAAAAAAAAAACCAUGAAGUUAUUCGGGUGGAUGCGGAAUCAUAACAGAACAAGCACUUCCUCUGCUUCAUCUCAUCACGUGAAGCAAGAGCCUAGAGAGGAGUUUAGCGACUGGCCACACGCGCUGCUCGCUAUUGGAACUUUUGGUUCAACAAGCAACGGUGUGAGUGACACCAAGAGUAAGAAUGUUCAAGAAGAGAUCCAAGAAGAGAAGGAGUCUAUCUCGCAACCCGAGCAAGCAGAAGAGUCUUCUUCAUCUGAUGAUAUUGAGGAUUUUACUCCCGAGGAGGUUGGGAAGUUGCAAAAGGAGUUGAUAAAGCUCUUGUCAAGAACCAAGAAAAGGAAGUCUGAUGUCAAUAGAGAGCUCAUGAAAAAUCUUCCUUUGGAUAGAUUCUUGAAUUGUCCAUCGAGUUUAGAGGUCGAGAGGCGAAUCAGCAAUGCGCUAUGUGCUGUUGUGGAUUCAUCUGAAGAGAAUAAGGAUGAGAACAUGGAGAGAACAAUUAACGCUAUAUUAGGUAGAUGCAAAGAGAUAUCUAUAGAAAGUAAGAAGAAGACAGACAUAAGCAAGAAGUCUGUCUCUUAUCUUUUCAAGAAGAUCUUUGUCUGCUCAGAUGGAUUUUCUACAUCACCAAACCCUAGCUUGAGAGACACGCUUCAAGAAUCGAGAAUGGAGAAGUUGUUGAAGAUGAUGCUACAUAAGAAAAUUAACGCUCAAGCCUCCUCAAAACCAACUUCAUCGACAACAAAGACAAACUUGCAAGACAAGAAACAGCUAUCUUUGAAGAGUGAAGAAGAGGAAGAAGAAACCAACGAAAGAAGAAGCAGUAGUGACAAACAUAAAUGGGUCAAAACAGAUUCUGACUUCAUAGUUCUUGAGAUCUGAUUCAACUUUUGUCCUUCAAGCUCUUGCAAUAACCUCUCAACAGCAAAGAUUCAAACACUUGUCUAGAAAUGUCAAAAGAAAUAAUGAAACGAGUCUCUUAUAUUUGAGGAAAUAUUUUGGUGCAUCUGCACAUGUAAUGUAUACCUUUUAUUUUUGCAUGAUUUGUUCUGUGUGCCGCUUGGGUCCAUUGAACCAAACAUGUUCUUGAGACAUACAUGCAUGAACACAGACAUGUGCGCAUGCGUUUGUGUAAUUUUAAGGUGGAUAACCUUUAACUUAUAAAGAUUAAUAAUACCG